AGUUGCCGCCCUGGUAACCGCUGCUAACGCCGUUCUACUUUUGCCAUGUGUAUCACUAUCUUGCAGCCUUCCUGUGCGCGUGAGAUCACAAUGUGGCAGGAAGCUGCCGCCCUGGCUACCGCUGGUAACGCCGUUAUGUACAGUAUUUACAAUACCAAUUCUGCUCGCAAGGAUCACUAUUUUCCAGCCAUCCCGAAUCCAGUGAGAUCACAAUGUGGCAGGAAGCUACCGCCCUGGUCGUCGCUCCUAUCACAGUCUUCCUUCGCUGGAGCGACUCCGCUCGUCGGGGAUCACUAUUAUGCAGUGAUCCUCGUUCCUUAUGACUCCCUGCGUUUCUCUUUCGCGACAGAGUGGGUGAGGGAGAGGAAGAAAGGGAGCGAAUCCGCGCUGGCAUUCCGGGGAAAAAAAGGGGGCUUCUCCUGCCGUUAUUCUCCUGCUAUCCUACCGCCUUGUCCCGGGCGACUGCUCGACUUAGCGACGUAAUGGAGGCGGAAAGGUCUGGCGGAGGAGCGGGCGCCACGAACCCGAGCUCCGGCGGAGGAGGAGGAGGGAGCGGCGUGGGGCGCAACCCCAACGGGCCCAAAGCUGUUCCGGGGCCGGCAGCGGCGGCGGCUGCGGCUGCCGCAGCGGCAGCGGCUGCUCCUCCUCCUCCAUUGGCGGCGGCAGCGGCGGCGGCGGCGGCGGCGACGACAGGGGGCGCGGCGGGGGGCUCAUCCCAAGUGCGGGAGCCGCAGGACGGCGAGGCGGGCCUGUCUCUGCCCGGCAUCCUGCACUUCAUCCAGUACGAGUGGAGCCGCUUCCAGGCCGAAAAAUACCGGUGGGAAGCGGAGCGGGACGAACUGCGGGCUCAGGUGGCCUUCCUGCAGGGCGAGCGCAAGGGCCAGGAGAACAUGAAGCAGGACCUGGUGAGGAGGAUCAAGAUGCUGGAGUAUGCACUCAAGCAGGAGAGGGCCAAGCAUCAGAAGCUUAAGGCUGGUAAUGAGCAGAACCCUGGAGAGAAGAAAACAGAGACUGAGUCAGAAAAAGUCUCCAACGGGCCGGCAGAGACAGACACAGAGCCAGGCAAUCAGAUGUCCUGGAAGGAGGGUCGUCAGCUUCUGCGCAAGUAUUUGGAAGAAGUGGGCUACUCGGACACCAUUCUGGACAUGCGCUCCAAGCGUGUGCGGUCCCUGCUGGGUCGCAGCAGCCCCGAAGCCAACGGGCCACCACCGGCAGAGCCCCCUCCAGAGCCAGAGCCGGAGCCACGUGGGGGGGAGUCCCUGCUGGUCCGCCAGAUCGAGGAGCAGAUCAAGAGGAACGCUGGGAAAGAGAGCUCCAAGGAGCGUGCGGGCGGCUCUCUGCUAGACAAGCUGCCCUUCCUACACGGCUGCGAGGAUGAGGAUGAGGAGGACAGCGACGAAGAGGACGACUUCCAGGGCGUCGCCACCGACUGCAUCGACGGGCCUCGCAAGAGCAAGAAGGCGCGCGUCAAGCUUGGGGCUGAACCCAUGACAGCAGAUCUGGACCCUGAGGAUGAAGAGGACGAAGAUGACUCGGAGGAUGCCCUGAGCGAGUUUGACUUCCUUGGCUCAGGAGAGGAGGGUGAGGGGGCUGGAGAGGCACGCAUCUCGGGGGAUGGCCGAGAGCUAGAGAACCGCAGGAACAAGCUGCAGGGCAUGAUGUCGGAUUUCCCGGCCAAACCCUCCCCACCCCCCUCCGUCCCGGGACAGUCUCGCGUCAGUGAAGGGGGAGCUCUGGGCUUCUCUUCAGACGUCUUCAUCUUGGACACUGUUGGGGGCGGUGACAUGAACUUGGGCGAGCUUGCUGACCUUACUGUUGCCAAUGACAACGACCUCACCAUUGAUCUGCAGGACAACCGGGAGGAGUUCAAGAAGACGUGGAACCCACGCUUCACACUGCGCAGCCACUUUGAUGCCAUCCGUGCACUGACCUUUCACCCAAGUCAGGCUGUUCUGUUGACAGCCUCUGAGGACGGAACACUGAAGCUCUGGAACCUCAACAAGGCCAUGCACUCAAAAAAAAAUGCUGCACUGGAUGUUGAGCCCAUCUACACCUUCAGAGCCCACAGUGGGGCCGUGCUAUCACUGGCCAUGGGACAGGACGGGGAAUCGUGCUACAGCGGUGGUCUGGAUGGGACUGUCCGUGGCUGGAAGAUCCCUGACCUCAACGUUGACCCUUACGACAAUUAUGAUCCGGGGAUUGAAAGCAGUUUGUUGGCGGGACAUGAGGAUGCUGUCUGGGACCUGACGUACUCCGCCAUUUGCCAGCGGCUGGCGUCCUGCUCAGCUGAUGGAACGGUGCGCAUCUGGGACCCCCAGAGCUCCACCCCCUGCCUCUCUGUUUUCAACAAGGAGAAGGAGCAUGGGAUCCCGACCUCAGUGGCCUUUGUGAACUCGGACCCCUCCCAGGUGGUGGUGUCCUUCGACCGGGGCGAGACGCUGCUGUACGACCUCAACACGGAACAGAGCAUUGUGGCUCUGGAGAGUCAGACCAAGGAGGGUAGCGAGUUGAUCAACCGCGUUGCGAGCCACCCGUCUCAGCCCAUCUCCGUCACGGCCCAUGAGAACCGCACCAUACGCUUCCUGGACAACAAGAGUGGAAAGGUGCUUCACUCCAUGGUGGCUCACCUGGAUGCGGUAACCUGCCUGACCACCGACCCCAAAGGCACUUACCUCAUUUCCGGCAGCCACGACUGCUCGGUGCGGCUGUGGACGUUGGAUAGCCGGACUUGCGUGCAGGAGAUCACGGCUCACAGGAAGAAGCACGAUGAGGCGAUCCACGACGUGGCCUUCCACCCGUCGCAGCCUUUCAUCGCGAGCGCCGGCGCGGACGCCCUCGCCAAGAUCUUUGUCUGAAAACCGGGCUUUAGUCUGCUGUUCAUUGCCCAAACUCUGUAUUCACACUACUAACAAACUCUCUCCCUCUCUGACACACACAGACACACAUACUAUAACACAGACAUGUUGGGGUGGGAGUGCACGAGGUGUUCUAUACCCUCAUGUGCUCUCCCUCCCAACCUCAAGAUCAGUGGUUUGUAUUCUGAUAUCAAGUUUGCUUUUAUAACCGCUAGUGUUACUGCUCUUUUUAUCAGUAAGGUUUCCUCUACACUACGAAAUGCAUUUUCAGUUCUUUCGACGUUUGGGGUGUUUGAAUGACGUGUGUGUCCUGCCUGCUCGUUACUGACAAACGGUGACCUUAGGGAGGGUCGAACAGGAGGCGAGGGCUUAUCACAAAAAGUAUGAGAGUCGACCUAUUCAGCUUGGCGCUCCGGUCAAGGCUUGCUUUCGUAAAACAAAAUGUUGAAACCACUUGGUGCAAUUGAUGGUAAAUAUGGUCCAUGUAUAUUACAAAUGUAUGCAUUUUAACAUAUCCAUGACAAUUAAGGCAAUUGCUGAAAGUAGCACAUUUCACUUUUUGAGACAGCUCACAGCUGAAAGUCUUCUUAGCCGAUGCCUUGAAAUGAGUAUCUGUCUUUAAAUUCUCCAUCAAGGGAAAGCCUGAAUGUUUUUGCCAAGUAUUAUGGUCCCAUUAUUUCAAGCAAAUUAUUUGUGCGAUUUAAUAGAGGAAAUUCUUUUGUUUUUAUGUUUAUGGCCAAAAAAAUAUAAAAUAGAAAUAGGAUAACAUUUUGUGCUAUGGAUGAAAAAUGGUGCCAAAUCUGCGCCAAUAGAGAAGGGUCAUCGAUUUUUUUGGGAGGGUUGAUGGGAGGCAGGUGUUGUGUAUGUGGAGGAAUGUUCCCCUCACACCUACACACAUCAGUAAACUGUCCUUUAGAGGCAUAUCUUCGAACCUCCAGCCUUUAGCCCUCCAACUCCUUAGUGUUUACUGCUGGUCAAUAUUCCAGGAUGGUGGUCGGCUCGAUGCACCAGGUGUGUUGUCAUUAUUGCGUGUGUUUGUGACAUUAUCAGUUUUGCUACAAUGUCGAGUCAGUAAAGGGAAAUGAUGGUAGGAUGGUAAAUGGGCCAGAAAGCAAGAUGGACGUGUGUGCGUUGUGUGUUUGGUGUGUGUGUGUAAUGUAAUCUCCUACUGUCUGAUCUGUAUAUAGCGUGUUCUCGGUUAAUCUUGGUGCUAAAAUCAUGUCUGAAUCAGGGACCUGUUGGGGUGCAAACGGUGUUUUCCUUUCAUAUAGGACCUGCAGUCCGCUUGGCUCGAACUGUGGCAGAAAUCAGUCUACAGCCACCAGGGAUGUUGGUGUGAGUUCGUGCCCAGAUACAGGCAAUCCAAAACUAACAUUAGGAAAGGCUUAUUGCUUAAAAUACAAGUUUUUAUUGGAUUUUUUAUUUUUUUUUUUCCUCCCCCCCCCCUUUGUAGAAAACUUUUCCUUUGUUUCAUCAGGAAAGUUCUCGAAUUCUUCUUGUGGAUGUGUAGCUGUCCUGCGUCAAAGGCUGUACAGUUCUUCACUGGUGUAUUCGGGCACCCAGGGCCUUCUGACUGACAAAAGCUGCUUCCUUGAAAAACAGAAAAUGCCACCACAUGGUUGGCCCACUAACAUUAUUUGUAAUAAACAUGCAUGAACAGAACUGUAAAUAUGAAGUAUGGUAUGAGACGGGGGGCUCUUUAGGGCAGUCCAGUGGAACGUCAUGGUCGUUCUCAUGCUACAGGUCCCGCUGCUGCUCCAGCCUCUCUGCCUUCACAGCAUAUCAGAGCUGAUGGACGCGACACUCAAGUCACACAUCGGAAGUAUCGCGACACAAGUUGCUGUAAUACGGCGGGAGUCUGAAUCUGAUCACAACACUAGAGUGGUUGCGUUAUGAAUGGGAAGCACUACAGGGAUCGCUACAGAAGUAAAACCUUAAAAAUGUGUAAAAGUCCAAGAGCGGUUGUCUUGUCGGUCAAUGGCUCGCCGCUUCUGGAUCUCAGUAAAACGCUCCUGAGUGAAACACUGGUUGAGUGGACAAUACCAUGCUGAGUGUUUGACCUCUAACAUUCGACUUAGUCCACUGUGGGACUGAUGGGGCAGUCGGAGGUCCUGACAGUCAUGGCUCUGAUUUGUGUUUUUUUUUUUUUUUUUUUUUCUUUCUUUCUUUCUUUCCGAGUGGAAGGGAAAAUCCUGCUGGUGGCUCUUACGGUUGUGGAAACCCAUUAAAAUGCAGCCAUGAGACUGUCGCGGUGGCACGGCAGGGCGGUCCGGGUCGGUAACCGUCCCUGUGGGCCUCCUCCCUCCCUGCCAAAUUCACGGAAAGGAAGAGGUCUCGCAUGCAGACUGGCUCAUUACUGGGGCCGCUGGAGCAGCCGCAUGGGACAGAGUCGGCACUGAGGUCACUUUUUUCCCCUAUUGGGCUUUAUGCUCCCAUUCGAAUGUGACACAGCUCAUUUGUUACAGUUCAGUGUAAACCACCUUUUCUCCUGUACAGUUAAACAUUUAGGAUGCCCCCCUUAGCAUUUACUUCAUGGGCUCAGCAGGAGGAAGAGUUUACAGUAUCUCUCUCCAGAUUCAUCUAAUUUAUAUACAAUUUUGUUAGUUUUUAAUUGUAAAGGCCUUGAUGGUUUUCCACAAGUUGUUGAGCGUGCUGUUUUUUUUUUUUUCUUUUUCUUUUUUUUUGUGCAUCUCUUUUCUGCACGUUUGUAUCCUGCUGUUGAACCCUCAACACCUUUCUGUCAUCGGCCUUCUUUUCAAAUCGGCAUCCAGAUGCAAUAUUCAACAUAACCAAGAUUAGACAAAUCAAUAUAAAUUGACAGGUGGCAAAAAAAAAGAUAUCAUGUUGUAAAUGUCCGAUCAUUUCCUUUUUUCAGUUAUUUUUCUUUCCUUUAUUAUUGUUAUUAAUAUUAUGAUUAAGAUGUAAUAAUGCUGUAGUACCUUCAGUGUAUUUCGAGUGUAUCAUUCUUUUUAAGUAGGCUUAGAACUUGCUUGUGAAUGAUAAAUUGCAAUGUAAAACUUUCGAAAAUGAGAAAAACGGGAUAACGCAACAGACUACGAAAGUAACAGUCCAAGGCCAAGGUAAAAGGGCUCUUGUUUCUUUGUGUUUUAUUAUUUUUUUAAUAGCAACUUAUCACUGUGUGAUAUUUUGUACAUCAUAUUAAGCUGUAUUCAUACGAUUUCCUGUAACCACAAGGGACAAGAGGCCUGUUCUUUAUUUAUUUGUCUUUUCUUUAGGCUUUUUGUAAUGCAGUCAGGCUUGUAUCAGAUUAUAUAUUUUCCUUUUACUCUUUGAUUUUUGUUUACUUAGCGGGUCUUAUAUGUUGUUAAGGAAA